AUGGAAUGGGUUCGCAACAAAUUCAUCGGACCGCCGAAUUUGGCGAUCGCCGCUCCGCACAAUUUGAGCACAAUCGGCUUCACGCCCAUUUCUGGUGAGUUCGGAGGACGGUUUUGUUGGAAAUUACAGGAAUUUUUACGUUUUUCGGAGGAUGUAGGUUUCAGCUAAAUUUUAUAGUGCUUGAUGGAGUGUGCCUCAAAAAGUGUCAUUUCUGGACUAAAAACGUCAAAAGUGUUGCAGAGGACAGUCCGAACUGUUCGUUCUACGAGUGGUCCCGGAACCCGUCGCACGCGCAGUUCUUCCGCAUCUUCUCGAUCAUUUCGGUGCUGACCGUGCUCGUCGUCGUCGUCGUUCUCGGUAACGCGCUCGUCAUCGCGGCGGUCCUUCUGCGCAGGCGCCUCCGUUCGGCCACCGGAUUGCUCAUUCUGAGUCUGGCACUCGCCGAUUUGCUCGUCGGCACCGUCAUUUUGCCGUUUAGCAUCGCCAACGAGGUCCUCGAUCAAUAUUGGAUAUUCGGAGAGACGUGGUGCACAAUUUGGUUGACACUGGACAUUUGGAUGUGCACCGCCUCCAUUUACAAUCUCGUCGCCAUCUCCAUCGAUAGGCAAGUGACAAAAAUGACAAAAAUUGAGUGUCCUGGGCGGGUCAAAAAUUGCGUAAAUUCUCACAAAUUUUGAAAGUUUGACAAUGGAGAGCAAUUCUUAAGCAAUUUUGUCACAUAUCACUUGGGACUGAAAAAAUUGGAUCGAAACUGUGCUCUAGAGCUAGGAAAUCACAAUUUUUAAUCAAAAGUUGCCAAAUUUCGAGUUCUCUAAUCGUCUCAAUGUUUGCAGAUACAUCGCGAUAAUUAAGCCUCUCAACUAUCCGAUGCUGGUGACAAAGUUCCGCGCGCGGUGCACGGUGGCCGUCGUCUGGAUCGGCAGUUUCCUCAUCUGCUCGCCGUCCUUCUUCCUCGCCAGCUCGAUCAAAGAUAAAGAGACGCCGUGCCGGUGCACCCCGGCCAACGCCGGCCGCGUCUACGUCGUCUUCUCCGCGUCGAGCUCUUUCUACAUUCCGAUGAUCAUCGUCGUCUUCGUGUAUUUCCGGAUCUACGUGGCCGCGCGCGCCGCCACCAAGUCCAUCUAUUCGGGAAUGAUGAGCGUGACGGCGGCGGCGAACAAGAAGGCGAAUCCGAAGAGUUAUCUGCUCAACCAUCCGGACGUCAUCAACCAGGACUCGCUGCCGAUGCUCCGUGUGCAUCGCGGCUCGUCGGUCGUCGCUCAAAUUACGCCCGGCAAGCCGGCGUAUAAGUGAGUAUUCUUCGGGCUAAGGGGGCAAAAUGAUCCAGGAGGGGAUAAACAAUAUUUAUAAUUGGAUCCUCCUUCUCCUCCUCCUACUCCUUCCUAAUUAUCGCUCUUUUCAGACCAAACGGAAAUUCUAUCGACGCUUCUGCGAAUGGCGGAUCACAAAUCACGGGGAAAGCGGGAAACGCGGCCAGAAAAUAUGCGGCCGAAUCCGCAAAAACACUGGUGAAUCGAGGAGCGUUAGCGAGACAGAAGAGGCACGGACGGAGCAGCGAGAGCUCGGUCGACUCACUGAAUGGGUACGGUACUUUACUAGGCGGUUUUCAACAGUUUUUCACAUAUUUAGCUAGAUUUGACUGUAAAUUGGACCCAGGGAUCCCGAAAUUUUAAGAGAAUGAGCGAAAACGUGUGUAGAACCGAAUUUUUCAGUUGGUUAGAAAAAUUAUCCGAAUUCCAUGGUUCCAAAAUCUUUUGCUGGAAAAAUGCGAAAAAUCUCUAAUUUUCAGUGCUAACUCCUACUCGGCGACGCCGUUAAAAGAGAACGGCGAUCUCGGAUCGUUGGCCGAGAAGAACUCGCGGAGCUCUUCAACCGAAUCGAACACUCUCGACAAGACAGAGCCGUUGACGGCACAAACCGACGACGCCUUCUCGGAGAGCAACAAUAACAACAACAACAAUAACAAUACGAACGGCGACGAGGAGACGAAGGAGACGUGCGACGAUUCGACGGGAAUGCUGGCCGACAAGAAGAAGAACAAGAGUUUCGCCUCGAAAUUCAACCUUCUCAUGCGAAGAGGACACAAGAAACGAACGGCGGGCGCCUACGAAAAACGCCUUUCGCUCGAGAUCAAAGCCGCCAAAACCGUACGUCUUUUUUCGAAUAUUUCUCAUUUUUCUACAAAAUAAUUGGUUCAGGUAGCAAUCGUGACGGGCUGUUUCAUCUUCUGCUGGCUGGGCUUCGCACUCGUCUACGGCCUCGAAAUCAAACUGAACGACGUCGUCUGGAGCAUCGUUUUCUGGCUCGGCUACCUGAAUUCCGCCCUCAAUCCCGUCAUCUACACGGUGUUCAAUCGCGAAUUUCGCAUUUGUUUCAAACGACUGCUCACGUGUCAUCAUUUGAAUCAUCCGACGCAUAAGGUGAGCAUUUUUACGGAGGGAAUCAGUGAGAUUCCAGAAAAUCCCAGACAAAUUAAUCAAUUCCAGUACACGAACAACAAUUCGUACAAUUCGACGGCGAUCCGCUCUACGAAUGCAGUGAAUCGUGUUCCGCAAACGAGUCUAUACAACUACACGCAGACGAACAAUUCGGAGAAGAGCUCGGCGGUCACUUUUAACACUCCCGCCACUCAAUGA